GCUUGUCGGAAAACAGGUGGGGAAACAAAUACGUGAGUGUACUUUGUGGGGCGAGUGCAGACUGAGCACUGAGGAGUUUAAUCCAGCUGCAGUUUAAGGGUAGAUAUUUGUAUUUAAAUAACGCAGAGAUAAUAUGUGGAAGUCUGUGGUGGGACACAACGUAAAUGUUAAGGUGGCAUCAGAGGGUGAUGACUGGGAGACAGAUCCAGACUUUGAGAAUGACAUCUCAGAGCAGGAACAAAGGUGGGGAUCCAAGACCAUCGAAGGAUCAGGCCGAAAAGAGCACAUCAGUGUUGCAGAUCUGAGACAGAAGGUGUCUCAUGAGCAUGAGGUAGUGAAGAAGAAGGAGCUGGACGAUGGUCCUAAGGCUUCUUAUGGUUAUGGAGGCAAAUUUGGGGUGGAGAAAGACCGAAUGGAUAAGGUUGCUGUGGGACACAGCUAUGUGGCUGAGGUAGAGCAGCACUCAUCCCAAACAGACGCAGCAAAAGGCUUUGGAGGGAAAUAUGGUGUGCAGAAGGAUCGCAUAGACAGGUCUGCCCAGAGUUAUGAUUAUAAGGCUGAAGUAGAACAGCAUGCCUCUCAGAAAGACUAUGCCAAAGGCUUUGGGGGAAAGUACGGUGUGCAGAAGGAAAGAGUGGACAAGGCUGCUUUGGGUUACGAUUAUAAAGGAGAAACUGAGAAACACCAGUCACAGAAAGAUUACUCAAAGGGCUUUGGGGGCAAGUAUGGAGUGGAAACAGAGAAGGUGGACAAAGCUGCUUUGGGUUAUGACUAUAAAGCAGAAACAGAAAAACACCAGUCACAGAAAGAUUACUCAAAGGGCUUUGGAGGGAAAUAUGGAGUGGAGAAAGAAAAAGUUGACAAAGCUGCCCUGGGUUACGAUUACAAAGGAAAAACUGAGAAACACCAAUCACAGAAAGACUAUGCAAAGGGCUUUGGAGGACAGUAUGGUGUUGAGGCAGACCGCAUGGAUAAGAGUGCAGCCUCAUUUAGUGAGAUGGAGUCUCCAACUUCGUCUUACGAGAAGACUGUGCCUCUUGAGACGUCAAGUGCAGGCGCUGGAAAUCUGAAGGCUCGGUUUGAGAAUAUGGCCAAAGCAUCAGAGGAGGAGAACAGAAAGAGAGCAGAGGAAGAGCGGGCGAGAAGACAAGCCAAAGAGAAAAGGGAGAGAGAGGAGGUCCAAAACAGACAACAGUUGCAGAGCAGUAAUGAGGAAGUGCAGGUGCGAAGGCUUCCCCCUAUUCCAGCGUCUGAAGACCCUCCACAGGCAUCCAGGCCACUGCCUGAAAUACCCAGAGACUCACCUGAUCCUGUAGCUCAGGAGGAUCCUCAGCCUGAUUAUGAUGAGCCUCCAUCUCUGCCCCCCCGCUUUGUUGACCCACCAGAGGAGGAACAGAUAGAUGAAGAGCCCACUCCUCCUCCUCUUCCUCAUCGACAACAAGAGGAGGAAGAAUAUGAGGACAUUGCACCAGCUACUUUGCCUGCUGUUGAUAAUGACUAUGAGGACCUUGGCGAAAGUCAGACAGCUGUGGCCAUUUACGACUACCAGGGAGAAGCGGACGAUGAGAUCUCCUUCAUGCCUGAUGACAUCAUCACAAACAUUGAGAUGGUGGACGAAGGUUGGUGGAAGGGAACUUGCCAUGGCCACACUGGCCUUUUCCCAGCAUCCUUUGUGAAGCUCAUGUAGUGAAGUGCUAAAGCACCACCCACUUUCUCAACAAAUCAUCUGCUCUCUAGCUUUAACCUGUUAUUGCCCUAUGAGAUGCCAGAUUUAUUGCAGAAAACCACCCUCAAAAUCCAACCAGUGUUAUAUAAAGCAAUACUGAGUUUUAGAAAAGUGAUGUACAAAUAAGACAUUAACAUUUUUAUAAUAGGCAGACCAGUGCCAGACUUCACGCACCAAACUAUACUGCUGCCUAUUAUUAACUGCCAGUUUACUGUAUUAUUUAGCCAAUGCAGCUUAUGCAUCAUACAACUCCAUGGCUAACCUGUUUGGCUGAGCUGACUAUAAAAUCUGUUUUACAUUAUAUUUUUAAAUACAUAUUUUUUUAUCAUUUUGACAAGGGAUAAUCAAUAGAUUACUGGAGGUUUUUGCUGUAUUCAACUGGGUAUUAUGUGCAAUGAAACGGUACAGUGUUUUAAAUGACAUUUCACAAUAAACUGAAAUUGUUUAAGA